CCGCCAGGUCGCCCCGGGCUGACGAACCCCUCGCUGCCCGGAAACAAAGUGCACCUUUGUCAGCGACCUGGCGCUUGUGAGCGGCAGACGGCGGGCCUCGCGGAACCCCAGGGGAGCGCCUUCGCUCCGGUCUCAGCUCACUCCUGGGCCUCCCACAGCAGCGUUCUACCGCCUUGGCUUGUGCUUUCCGCUUUCUUGGAUCUUGGCGGGACAGGAAAGGGACUCUGCGCUCCAGGAGUAGGGGUUCCACCUUGGCUGAGUCGUUCUUGACUCUCCUGCCGGCGAGUCUGGGCCGCCUGGGCUCAGCGCCAUACCUGCAGCAGUCCUGCUCCACAGUCCGGGUGCAGUAGAGCCCCCGCCUCGUCAGACGCCGGACUACAAUUCCCAGCAUUCCCCGCGUUCAGAGCGCGCGGUGGGAGUUGCCUCUGGGCCGACGCCUGCGCGCUGCGGCGGCUCGAGUCUGGAGUACCACACCCCCGGGAGGGGAACGAGGGGAGGCUGAAACAUCCGAAGCAUUAAAGCAUCCGAGGGAGCCGGAGGGGAGGAGAAUGGAGUGACAGAGACGCGCGGAGGGUGGGGGGUGGGGGGGGAAAGUGUUGAGGGAGGGGGGAGGGGGGACACAGAGGGAGGAAGAAGCGGCGACGGCGUCUCUUCGGUGCAGAGGGGGAAACUCCGCGGGCUCGUAGAAAGAAUAAUGCGGUAGCAGGCAGACUGCUUGCUCUGGGGUUUGGCAGCAGCGGCGGCAGCUCGAGCAGCGGCAGCUCGAGCAGCGGCACCGGCAUCACCCCAGAAGCCGACAGCAUCGCCGGCCGGCUCCCUCGCUGACUGCCGACUGUCAAUGGAGCUGGAAAACAUCGUGGCCAACACGGUCUUGCUGAAAGCCCGGGAAGGGGGUGGAGGAAAGCGCAAAGGGAAAAGCAAGAAGUGGAAGGAAAUCCUGAAGUUUCCUCACAUCAGCCAGUGUGAAGACCUCCGAAGGACCAUAGACAGAGAUUACUACAGUCUAUGUGACAAGCAACCAAUUGGAAGACUGCUUUUUCGACAGUUCUGUGAAACCAGGCCUGGGCUGGAGUGCUAUAUUCAAUUCCUGGACUUAGUGGCAGAAUAUGAAAUUACUCCAGAUGAAAACCUUGGAGCAAAAGGGAAGGAAAUAAUGACCAAGUACCUCACUCCAAAGUCCCUGGUCUUCAUUGCCCAAGUUGGACAGGACCUGGUCUCCGAGACAGAGAAGAAGCUCCUGCAGAGCCCCUGCAAAGAACUCUUUUCUGCUUGUGCUCAGUCUGUCCAUGACUACUUGAAGGGAGACCCCUUCCACGAGUACCUGGAUAGCAUGUAUUUUGACCGUUUUCUGCAGUGGAAAUGGUUAGAAAGACAACCAGUGACCAAAAACACUUUCCGGCAGUACCGAGUGCUGGGCAAAGGGGGCUUUGGAGAGGUGUGUGCCUGCCAGGUUCGGGCCACUGGUAAAAUGUAUGCUUGCAAACGCUUAGAGAAGAAGAGGAUCAAAAAGAGGAAAGGAGAGUCCAUGGCACUCAACGAAAAGCAGAUUCUUGAGAAGGUCAACAGCCAGUUUGUGGUCAACUUGGCCUAUGCCUAUGAGACCAAAGAUGCACUAUGCCUGGUUCUUACCAUUAUGAAUGGUGGUGACCUGAAGUUCCACAUCUACAACAUGGGGAAUCCUGGCUUUGAGGAAGAGCGAGCCUUGUUUUAUGCAGCUGAGAUUCUCUGUGGCCUAGAAGACUUACAUCGUGAGAACACUGUCUAUAGAGAUCUAAAACCCGAAAACAUCUUGCUGGAUGAUUAUGGCCACAUCAGGAUCUCAGACCUGGGACUGGCUGUGAAGAUCCCUGAGGGAGACCUUAUCCGUGGUCGGGUAGGCACUGUUGGCUACAUGGCCCCAGAAGUUCUGAACAACCAGCGAUAUGGCCUGAGCCCUGACUACUGGGGCCUGGGCUGCCUCAUCUAUGAGAUGAUUGAGGGCCAGUCACCAUUUCGAGGCCGCAAGGAAAAGGUGAAACGUGAAGAGGUGGAUCGCCGGGUGCUGGAGACCGAGGAGGUAUAUUCCUCCAAGUUCUCUGAAGAGGCCAAGUCCAUCUGCAACAUGCUGCUCACCAAAGACUCGAAGCAGAGGCUGGGCUGCCAGGAGGAGGGGGCUGCUGAGGUCAAGAGGCACCCCUUCUUCAGGAACAUGAACUUUAAGCGCCUGGAGGCUGGGAUGUUGGACCCUCCCUUCGUUCCAGAUCCCCGGGCUGUAUACUGCAAGGAUGUGCUGGACAUUGAGCAGUUCUCCACUGUGAAAGGUGUCAACCUGGACCAUACGGAUGAUGACUUCUACUCAAAGUUCUCUACAGGCUCUGUGCCAAUCCCAUGGCAGAAUGAGAUGAUAGAAACAGAAUGUUUCAAGGAGCUGAAUGUGUUCGGACCUAACGGUACCCUCUCACCAGACCUGAACAGAAGUCAACCUCCAGAACCGCCAAAGAAAGGGCUAUUCCACAGACUCUUCAGGCGUCAGCAUCAAAACAAUUCCAAGAGCUCACCUACUCCUAAGACCAGUUGUAACCACCGCAUAAAUUCAAACCACAUCAAUUCAAACUCCACUGGAAGCAGCUAGUUUCAGCUCUGGCCUUGAAGUCAAAAGUGGAACCAGCUCAGAGCCUUCUACUUGGAAGCAGACCUUUAUAGCCAGAGGAGCUUCCACUGUGGCUCAGUGGCCAGGAAAGCUCUACUGGGAACCAGGAUAGGAUACUGUUCCCCCAAUAACCAACCUCCAAGUUUCUCAAAGAAAUUUCCACUCAGGUCUGUUUUCCAAGGUGGCCCCAAGCUGGGGUGGACUAGAAUUUUCCUUGUUGAACAUUGCAAUAGAAACUCAAUGGGAUAUGACAGCUUGCACGGAUUUUAAUAGCAACCUAACUAGAAUUGAAUUUUGUCUUUAUUAUUUUUAAAGGAAAGUUUUGUAAAUUUAUCUCUUGUCUCUGUUUACAUUUUGUAUAUUUGUAUUUAAAUGAAAGUCAGACUUCAAGGGUGUAUAUUUUCUGUGCAGCCACUGUUAAGCCAUGUGUUUUAAGACAUUUUAGAUUGGGGGGGGUUACAAAAAAUGUGACUCUAGACUUCUAGAGCCUCAAAAGAGAAAAUGUUUUUAUUAAAUAUAGAAAAUAUUUCACUUUUCACCUUUAAAGACCUGAUUACAUCUAUCUACAUCUAUCUCUUUAGCCUUUUCCCCACUCAGUGUAGCUAUCGCUCUCCUGUUGACUUGUAACAAGCUGAAUGAAAUGCCAGAAUACAUUUGGGCUAUCUCCCAACCCAAACACUCCUUGUGAACUAUGACAGUACUUCUAUGAGCAGGACUUUGACAUUGCAGCUUCAUUGGCUUUCUGUAGAGCAUCCAGCAUGUAGGGUGAGACAUCCUAAACCGCUGGGCUAGAGAUCUCGGCUGCUAAAACCAGUGGUUUUAAGAGGUUUCUGUUGUGUUUGGGAAUUUCUGUUAUAUAUUCUUUUUAGGAAUUUGUAUUGAUGAUAAUGACUAGUCAUGAUAACCCAAGUGUUCUCAAUCAUGGGACUAUGGAGAAGUGUGAAUUAGGAUCCAUCCUGAGUGACUACCUCCAAGUUUGUUUAGGCCUUGGCUGGUCAGCAAACUGGUCACCAUAUCAUGAGCCUUCAUGUGACUCCACAUUUGUUGGCUUCUAUGACAUGAAGGAAGUCAUCUCAACAGGAAAAUAGGAUGCCUGAGAGCAAACCCAGGCACCAGUGAAAUUUAAGACAAUCUCAUUGUCACUUCCCCAGGAGAGGUGGGCCAGAGGCUGGUUCUAAUUGGGCAUCUCAGAGCCAUAGGCGAAAGUCACUCCUGAAAGACUUGAUGGGCUUAUCUUUCCAGCCCUGGGAAGUUGUCACCUAGGCCCUGAAGUCCUAGAAGGUGACAAGGUACACAUUUGAUCUCACCUUCCCACCAGAACAGGGUGAGCAGCUAGUCUCACUGCUCCCUGGGAAGCUGAAGCUCUGAGUAUGACUCUGCCACAAGACUGGCCUCAGCCACCAAUUACUAGGGUUUUUUUUGUUUUGUUUUGUUUUGUUUUUUACAGGAUGAGGCAGGCACUACCUGAAUCAGCCCCAGUUACAAUGCAGAGUCCUAGGUAUACACCCCAAGCCUACUAUGUGGUGAUCUCAUUUUGUAGUUCAGGCUGGUUUCAAACACAAAUCCUCCUGCUUCAGCCUCUGGAGUUCUAAGGCUACAAGUGCAUACUACCAUGGAAACUGAAUCUAUACUAAGUAUCUCAGACCUGGUGCACUUCCCCUUGUCCACUUGCUCUAUACUGUAGUGUGAGAACCAUUCCGCAGACCUGUGAGUAUGGCCAUUCCAAAUGUGUUUUGUUUUGUUUUGUUUUGUUUUUGAGGGGCCUAACAACUUUGGGUCUUGAGGAGAACAAUCCCAAGCGUAUCAGUCUCAUAUCUUUGAUUCCAAGCUCUCCAAGGGCUCACUGCUAAAAAAGAGCCUUUGGGAAUGAUCAUCCUGAAAUCAGUUAAUCAUGAGAGUUAAAACAGACAGGCUCCAUGGCGCAAGAUUAACUUCAAGCCUGGCUCCCAGGCUACUUCUGAACUUUUCUUGGGCUGAACAUGAAGCAAACGCAAACGACCAGGUUCUUCUGGGGAGCAGGACACUCAAUACUUCCAGAUCAUCAAGCCCUUAAGGAAAAGAAGAAUUAUCAUCUUCCUGGGGUGGUCAUCAGCCUCAGCCACACACAAUCCCCGAUCAAUCUCCUUACAGGUUUGUCCCUACUUCCCCAUCCAUAGCCAUUUAACUCUUAGGAACUCUUAGGUAACUCUUACGAAGCAGUUUCUCCUUAGGCCUCAAAGUCAAGGCAAUGUCCAUUGCAGCAGAGAAUCCCCAGGAAGCUGAAAAGAGAUACAAGUCUGUCUACUGAGAGUUCCCAUAAUGGGGUCCUGAAAGCCUGUACACUGAAAUGUACCUGAGUACCUGUGGGAGGAGGAGACUCGGAAUAUCAUUCCAGAAUAUCAAGAAGGCCUGAUCCCUACCUUCCAGGAGGAUGGUGUCUAUCCUCUACUUGAGCCUGAACCACAAGGCUCCAUGCUAACCCAACUGUCUAGGGGCUGGUCUCUGAAAUGUGUUGUUCUCUUAGAGGGGCAGGCAGCAAGAGGCAGGUAGCUCCAGUAACAGGCAUGCCUCACAUGACCCAUGAUGUUUCUGAUGAGUCCAUGUUUGAGGGGACAUGUGCAUGGCAAACCUUUGCAUUAGAGGAACAAGUAAGAUGAGAACUUGCCUCAUAGCUGAGGCUAGCCCCUAAGAAAGCUGAGAUCAGAAAGUUUCCAUGGAACUUAGCCCCACUGUUGAAAUCCAUUAUUUUCUUUUGAACCAUGUACUUUCUUGAAAGUCUGGCUCUACUUUCCAUCAAAUUCACUGAGCUACUAACUUCAACAUAGAGCAGACAAUGCAGCCUCCUGUAGCCUAGCAUUCUAAGCCUUGAUAAAGGAAAUGGUGGCAGCUUCUUUGGACAAUUAGAGUUCACAAGAGAAGAGAAAAAAACGAUUCAAACAACACUGGACUCUUCUCAUGAGCUAUUGUGUGCUUGCUUUUCUGACUUGUAUCCUUAUCCCUUUCCAAGGGUCUCCCAUCUUUAUGACCCAAUACCCUAAGAUAAGACCUUAUUGCUUCUUAGAUUUUGCCAUGGAAGGGCAGUAUAAAGCCUCUUUCUCCAGACUACAACUGACACGCCUACCCUUGAACCACUUCUGUACCUAUUUAUACAACCAGCCGCCCAGCUAUUGAAGCUGAUAGGCAUGUAGGCCAGAUCCUGCAUAGGCACAUAUGGUGCCUCCCCUGAAAAGCCUUGACUCAGGACAAUGAUUUAACAUAUGACAAACUAGCUCACCCUAGCAAAGAAGUAUCUUUCACCCUAAAAGAAGAUGCUGGCCAUUUUUCCAGUUCAGCGACACACCAUCCUGUAAUAGAUCACAAGUUAAAUGUUGUCCAUUAGAAGGACAUUGUAGCUAUUGGCAUUGUUAUAAUAAUAACUCUGUUUUCCAAAGGUUUCUAUUUUUUUCCCACGGAGACUUUAGCAUUAAUGAAUGGAUGUGGUUCCAUCUUGAAGGUUAUUGUCCAUGAUAACAGCUUCUGUUGUGCUGCUCUGAACCUCUCAUGUUCCAUUCACUGUGUCACAGUGCCAUCUUGUCUAGCCACAAUCACUGUUAUUUUAUAGAGAAAUAAAUUCUUUAAUGAACA